UAGGCAUCGGUGUGUUUCGCACUUCACGUCACUGCACAUGACAGUGUUGAUCCACACCAGAAAGUUUACUUAAGGACAUACAUGUAGCAAACAAUCCACAUCUUACAACCCGCUUUGACAUGCUGUUGCUGUCCACAACUCAGACCUGAUCGAACAUACACAUCAAACUAUACGAUCCCCACCAACUCAAGCUACCCCGCCAUCACAUCCCACCACAAACAUGUCGCAUCACCAUCACCACCAUGGUCACGGCCAUGACGAUGAGCACGCCGAAGCUCACGACCACGUCCACGACCAUAGCGAUGACAUCACACCAGCACUCCAGAACCUCCUCUACGAACAAAUAGACUUCAGCAAGCUCCACACCCUUAACGAAGACGACUCCAACUCCGGCCGCGCAAUCUGCCAAAAAACAUGGAUGCAAAGACUAGACCCAGAGCCAGAGCUCAAGAGCAGUGCAGAUGAACAGCUCCUCAUGAUAAUCCCAUUCACCGGCCAAGUCCGCCUCCACUCAAUCCUAAUCCGCACCUCGCAAUCCGACCACUCGCCCAAGACCCUCAAAGUCUUCGUAAACGCCGAUGACAUCGACUUCGACACCGCCUCCGAGAAGGAACCCACGCAGGAACUCUCCGUCUCGCAGUCCUCGGAGGUCCAGGAGAUCCCCGUGAAGCGUGCGUACUUCAACACAACGCGGAGCCUCGCGCUCUUCUUCGAGGAUAAUUGGAGCGGUGGCGAGGAGGAUGAGACGAGAAUUAGCUAUCUCGGGUUCAAGGGCGACUUCAUGAAGCUGAAUAAGGAGCCGGUGAACGUGCUGUAUGAGGCUGCGGCGAAUCCGGGGGAUCAUAAGGCGAUCGUGGGGACGGAUGUGGGUGUUGGGAGAAGUAUACAGUAGAGACAUGGAAUGGAGGAAGCUCCAUUCUGACCGUCGCAAAGGAGGGGAAUGAAAAGCGAGUGAUGAUACCAACAUAACAAUAGGCCUUCAGAUCAGAUUAACAGGAGUAAUCAACAGGAAAA